ACAUAACCUCAAAUUUUUCACAUGGUUCUUUUACAAGUAAACAGUUUGCCAGGGUUUAUUUAAAAAUUAAAUAAAAUAAAGAUGGUUAAAGCUGCUAAAGCCCCUCUUGUGCUAAAGAGAAAAGCUAAAGUCCUAAAAAAGAAAUUACCUAAAUCCAAACUAAAGCAAAAAAAGGUAAAACCAGUAGUUCCAAAACCCGAUAACAGUGAUAGCGAAAUCGAAGAACUCUUGGACAAAAAUAAAGAUUCGGACGAAGAAAAUAGCCUGUUCGAAAAACGAGACGAUGCCUCGAGUUCGGAAGAAGAAUUAGACGAAGAAGCUCUAGAACAAAAGCACAAGCGUGACUUGGAAAAGUUGAAAAAAACCGAUCCAGAGUUUUACAAGUUUUUACAAGAAAACGACAAAAAACUCCUACAUUUUUCAGUAUCAGAUGAGGAAGCUGAACAAUCAGAAGCAGAAGAAACUGACGAAGAAGACAAGGUACACAAACCCGCUGACAAUUUGGAAGUAGCAAGUGAUGAAAGUGAUUUCGAAGACGAAGAAACCCCCCAAGACAACCGAGUGAUUACAUUAAAACUAAUCAAAAAAUGGCAAAACGAUAUUCAAACAGACAAAAGCAACAAAACAAUUACAGAACUGGCUCAAGCUUUCCAUGCGGCACUUCAAAGAAUAUCCAGCGAUGAAGAAAAAGACGAGGCGCCUGGACAUUUUAAAGUGGAAGGCUCGGCAGUUUUCAAUGCUGUUAUUCAAUUAUGUGUGAUGCACUUGGGACCAGCUAUAAGGAAGUUUUUGGGAUUGAAACCUGGCUCGAAACUACCUCCGCAUAAAUGUAAAAAAUUCAAUAAAAUCAAGAACACAUUGAAGAGUUAUUUUAAUGAUAUACUCAAGCUUCUAGUUGGCGUAACAUCUUCCAAUAUCCAAACAGUACUGCUGAAGCACCUGCACUACAUGUCUCCAAUGCUCAGUUCAUACACAAACAUAACAAAAUCGAUAUUAAAUAAAUUGAUACGGCUUUGGGGUACAGCCGAAGACUCCGUCAGAGUUUUAGCAUUCUUUUGCAUCUUGAGAAUAGUCAGGGAUCAAAUGCAAGGCACUCUUAGCACUUGUUUAAAAUCCAUGUACAUGACUUAUGUGAAAAAUUCUAAAUUUGUCAGCAUAAGUUCUUUGGCUUGCAUUAAUUUUAUGAAAAGGUCUUUGGUGGAAAUGUUUGCUUUAGAUUUAAACGUGGCUUAUUCUCAUGUGUUUUUAUACAUAAGACAGCUGGCUAUACAUUUGAGAAAUGCCAUAACAGUGAAUAAGACGGAAAAUAUUCAAGCUGUGUAUAAUUGGCAGUUUGUUAAUUCUUUGAGAUUGUGGGGGCUUUUAUUGGCUGUAACACAUACUAAACCUCAAAUGCAACAAUUGAUUUAUCCGUUUGUUCAAGUUUGCUUGGGUACCUUGAAGCUGGUACCUACUGCCCAAUAUUAUCCAUUACGGUUUCAUAUUGUACAAAUUUUGAUUGAUUUUACUAAAGAAACAGGAGUUUUUAUACCUGUUUUACCAUUUUUGUUAGAGGUGCUCAAUUCACAUGAUUUCAACAAAAAACACCAAAAAGUCUCAAUGAAGCCAAUACAUUUCACUUGCAUUUUAAGACUUUCAAAAUCUCAAAUGAUUGAAAAUGGUUUUAAGGAUGCUGUAAUUGAUUCAAUUUAUUCGCAAUUGUUGGAAUACCUUUCAAUUAUGUCGCACACUAUAAGUUUUCCUGAUUUGAGUUUAGUUUGUAUAAUGCAGCUGAAGCAAUUCCUCAAAAAAUGCAAAAUGGCUAAUCUAACCAGAAAGCUUAAGCAGGCUUUGGACAAAAUAGAGCAAAACGCUCAAUUUAUUGAAACCGAACGUUCCAAACUCACUUUAAAACUGACAGACUUGAAACAAAUCGAGGGCUGGGAAGCGCAAAUAAAAACCAAAGGAACACCUUUGAUAACCUAUUACGAAUCUUGGAGCAAAGUCAGAAACAUGAAGAAAAACAAGGAAAUUACAAAGAAUGAUGUUUUGGGCGAUUAUAGGUUACCAAAAUUGAAAAAACACGAGAAAAAGGUUGCUGAUGAAGGGCCAGUGGAGCUUUUCCCUAGCGAUUCUGAAGACGAUGAAACCGGGUUGGACAAGAAACGCACAAGGGGCAAAAGGGCUGGUAAAAAUGUUAAGAAAAGGCGUCAAGCUGUUGAAGAAGAAGGCGAAGAAAUGGAUGUUGAUGGUGAGGAUGUUGUUGAAGAUAUAGCAGCAGACGAUUGGUAGAGUUUAAUAAAAUAAUGUUUUACUUUAUUGUUGAUUUUUAUUUGACUUAUGAUAUUUCAUAUAGAGAU